AAUAGGAGCCCCCGGAGCCUGUCUGGCCUUGACAUCCCAAGGAUGGACCCUACUGCUCCCACUGCCGCUGCCUCCAGCUCAGCCCAGGCCCUAGCACAGGCCCCACUGGCACUCCCUGGUCUGUUAAGCCCAUCGCCCCUUCUCUCCUCUGGACAAGGAGGACAUGGGAGUGAAAGAGGAGCUUGUCUCUGGAGGCCCUGGCUGUCCUCUACAAGUGAUCCUGUAAAGCAGGCCAUUGGUGGGGCAACAGGUGCUGAGGUCACCAAGGCUGACUGUGAGUUCCAUCACCCUGUCAGACUCUUCUGGCCUAAAUCCCGCUCCUUUGACUACCUAUACAGAGAUGGGGAGAUUUUACUGCAGAACUUCCCUGUCCAGGCAACCAUCAACCUGUAUGAGGAUUCAGACAGCGAAGAAGUAGAGGAGGAAGAGGAGGAGCAAAAAGAAGAGGAGGAGCAGAAAGAAGAGGAGGAGAAAGAGGAGGCAGAUGAAAAGGGGCCAGCAGAGUGUGUGAGGGUUCCUGGGUCAGCUCGGCACAGGGCCACAGCUUACCUUCCUUCCCCACCCACGACCUGUCCAAACUGAAGGGAUACAGGAUGCCUGGCAAAGAUCCAGGGCAUCAGUAAAAGUAGGAAUCUUCAGGCACUGCUCUCUGGAUUGAAAGUUGGGUCUCUGAAUCACCCAGCACCCCCAGGUUGUUCCCAGCUGGCCUCUAAGCCCAGGCCUCUGAUACCUCAUCGUCUGGGCUGUUGCGGUGUUGAUACUUGGUGCUCUAAGGGAAGGAAGACCUGCUUUCUCUAGCUCCCCCCGCCCCCAGGAAGCAGGGCAGGACUGAGCAUGCCCACACAGUGGGGAAGAGUCUCUCUUCAAGGCCCUUUGACCUUCCGGGUGCC